CGAUUCUGCCAUUUCAGGCUGUGGGGCAGAAGUUACAGUAUAACUGUUUUCUAUGAGGAAGGGGAAAUAAGUGACUCGCUCCAUAAUCUGAAAACUUCACAGUUGUAUCGAGGUAACCUUUAGGAAGUUAUAUAGAGCUUUUCAAAUAACGUGUAAUAUGGGGAACCGGGUGGCGCGUGACGAUUUUGAAUGGGUUUAUACAGACCAGCCACAUGCCGACCGGAGAAAAGAGAUUCUCGCCAAAUAUCCUGAGAUAAAAUCUCUCAUGGGACCUGACCCGAGGCUAAAAUGGAUUGUCUGCAUGAUGGUAGCCAUCCAGUUCCUGGCCUUUUACCUCGUCAAGGAUUUGGAAUGGAAGUGGGUCCUAUUUUGGACUUACGCAUUUGGAAGUUGCAUAAACCACUCCAUGACUUUAGCCAUCCAUGAAAUUUCCCACAACACAGCAUUUGGCAACAGUCGUGCGAAAUUGAAUCGCUGGUUCGCCAUGUUUGCCAACCUGCCCAUUGGUCUGCCGUACUCUGCCUCCUUCAAGCGCUACCACCUCGACCACCACCGCUAUUUAGGUGGGGACGGCGUGGACGUAGACAUCCCGACCGAUUUCGAAGGCUGGUUCUUCUGCACUCGAUUUCGCAAAUUUGUUUGGAUUAUCCUUCAGCCGCUGUUCUAUGCAAUUCGGCCUCUGUGUAUCAACCCAAAACCCAUCAGUCAGUUGGAGAUAGUGAAUGCAAUUAUUCAGUUCACAUUCAACAUUCUUCUCUACUGGCUGUUGGGCUCCAAGCCUUUGUUUUACAUGCUGGCUGGAUCAAUGUUGGGAAUGGGCCUUCAUCCCAUCUCUGGACACUUUAUUGCUGAGCAUUACAUGUUCCUCAAGGGCCAUGAGACCUAUUCUUAUUACGGAUCGCUGAAUCUACUCACUUUCAACGUAGGCUACCACAAUGAGCAUCAUGAUUUUCCCAGCAUCCCAGGACGAAGGCUCCCUCUAGUGAAGAAAAUAGCAGCAGAGUAUUACGAUGAUCUGCCAUGUUACACAUCAUGGUUGAAAGUCCUCUACGAUUUCAUCAUGGAUGACAAGCUGAGUCCAUACUCCCGUGUGAAGAGGAAGUUGAAAGGAGACCUCAAGUUGGAAUGAAUGGAUUUGAGUUAACCAAAAAUAAUUGCCGAGCCUCAGACUUGUACACACACCACCUACUAACUCCUUCAGUUACACAGUUAGCUUAGUAUUGUGUGAGAUGUCUUCAAAGUCUGUUUGUGAAAAUGGCAUCAUUCCUCCUUCCUUGGGUUUUCACACACUGCAGCUUUGUCGAGUACACAAUUCCUGUUUGUCUAGGAAAUUACCUUUCUGCACAUUUUAUUAUUUUUUUUUUUGUGUGUGAUCAUUUUUUUUCCUCGCUUCAACAAAUUUUUAACAUUUUCUUCAAAUCUAAACCUUAAUGCCACUGAUGUACUUAUAAGUUUAAGCACCUAGUCUUAAUGAACGAUGAUCAGAAACGAAACCUAAACGAAUACAUUUACCGCUCACCUUGACACAACAGACUGAUUUCUAUCAGUAAGUGACAAGUGUCCUGCCUUUAGUGCUUAUCACUGUCUGUGGAUUUUAAUGGGACAUUUCCCCCCCUCCUGUGUGACUAACGUGAGGAGUGUGCACUCAAGGUGUGGACCUGUACGAGUUCUCACUGCCCGAUAACUUAUCAUGGAUAUUUAUUCUUAAAUUUAGCUGGAGCAUUUGGAGAUGACCUUGCUUGCAAAAUAGUGAGUCACUGUGCGGAUUGGGUAACAAAUUUUAAACAAAGCCCGUUUGUGAUUUGUAAUCACAUGAUUUGUAAUUUUGGUAAACGGCUUAAUGCCGUUUAACGGGUUGGAGGAACGUUACCCGUGAGCGACCCUCAAGCUAUCCCGCACUUUAAAACUGGAGCUGACUAAUCCCAAACUUUAAUCACAUGUACAUGACCCGUUUCCUGAUCGCUACAUAUAGAAGUGUUAAGACUAAUCGGAACAUUGCACCUGUGCUGGCAGACCAAUCGGCUUUUAGGCGAGCGAUACGGCUUUAAAGUAAUAACACUUAAUAAUUUUGUGCACAGCCAUUGAUCAAGCAGUUGGCCGACUGACAUCACAUUCUUCAUUUGUGAUGCUUUUUCCAGGCUUGUAGCACAAACCCAAGUGUCUUCAGUGUAAAGCAAAAACAAGAGAACCGACCUGCGACUGUAACUGUUUACCAGGAAAAAUGCUGCGUUACUGUAUAAUUUUAUUUUUUUUAAAAAUGAAAAAACUGUCUUUUAAGUAUCAGUGAAAAGAUCAAUACGUGAAGAAAUAAAAUGGCUUCUAGAUUUAGGAUUGUUCUUUUAGCGAUUGUUAAAUCACUGAUUAUAUCAAACAUGCUUAUUAAAGUGUUAACCAGUUUGUAGCA